AUGCAUUCUCGAGCUUUGCUUUGUUUUCUGUUUGUAGCAGCCAUUGCAUCUGUGGACUGCAACUCGGAAGGGGAUGCUCUUUAUUUCUGGAAAACCAAAUUGGUCGACCCUAACAAUGUUCUUCAGAGCUGGGAUCCGACUUUGGCCAAUCCAUGCACCUGGUUUCACGUUACCUGCGACAGUCAAAACAGCGUUGCAAGACUGGACCUUGGCAAUGCUGGACUUUCAGGACCUCUUGUCGCUGAGCUCGGAAUCUUGACUAACCUGCAUGUAAGGGAGUUGUAUGAAAACAAAUUCUUUGGACCUAUUCCAUCCGCAAUUGGUCACUUGAGUAAACUAGUCAGCUUGGACUUGUACAAGAAUAAACUCUCCGGAACAAUUCCACACACUUUGGGACACUUGAGUUCCUUGAGGUUUUUGAGGGUAUUCCGCAAUAAUCUAACAGGAGCUAUUCCUUCUUCUCUUGGAAAUCUGACAAGUCUUGUACUUCUGCAAUUAAACAGAAACAAGCUCACUGGUGUGCUACCGGUGGAGGUCAUUGGACUCGUUCGUUUUGGCAAAUUAUUGAUUUUGGACGUCUCAAGCAAUCUGUUGGUAGGGACCGUACACCGCAUCAAUUCAACAGGUUUUGUAGUUACGAAAAUAGUACAGGAUCCAAGAGCUCAGAAACCAGUAGAAGAAGAAGAAUAA